AUGUGGAUGGCUCUAGGAAGACAACUUCAGGUUUUAUUGGAGCAGGGGGAGUUUGUAGAGAUUUUCAUGGAGACUGGAUCUCUGGGUUUGCUGUUAAUCGAGGAAAAGGCCAAAUUCUUGAGGAAGAAGUUAGGGGGCUCUUCUUUGGUCUGCAACUGGCCUUGGGAAAAAGGUAUUAGGGAUUUAAUCAUUGAAAUGGACUCCGCUGUCGCUGUGAACCUUUGCCUGCAGCCUUCUCUACUUGGUUUGCACCCUUUGGCAGCCUUGGUUGAUAGCCUCUGUGAACUGAUGAGAAAAAUUGGUGAUUGCACCCUCACGCAUGCGUAUAGAGAGAAGAAUGGAGUUGCUGACUGCUUUGCCAGAUGGAGCUAUAACUUGGAUAAAAUCUACACAACAUAA